UUUCAAUGAAUCCACGUACACUUAGUAACAUGUAUGUGACUUUUAUUAUCACUCUCAAAUUCUUCAUGACUACUUAAUCGUUAUAGUAAUAAUAAUAGUAAUAAUUGAAGUAAUUAUGACAUUAAAAUGAUAGAGAAAACAAAACAGAAUAAUACACCAUAUACAUAUCAUCAUCAUCGUCAGCAACAGCAGCAGCAGCAGAAUCAGCAGGAGCAUCAAUCUAUGAGUAUUACACCAGAUUCUAUUUAUAAUUCACCUACUAAUAUAUUGCCAAUAAUUAAAACAAUGUAUUUUUAUGAUGGUCACAAUAAUAAUAGUAAUAAUAUAAAUAAUCCAUCAAAUGAAUUACAUUUAACUGUACAAUCAAAUAUACAUCGAAGUUUAGAAGCAUUAUUAAAUGAAUUGACUAAUCCAUUACCAUCAUAUAAUAAUAAUAAUACCCAAAUGGUAUAUACAUAUCAAACAAUGAAUAAAGUAAAAUCAAUGAAUGAUUUACAACAGAAUAAUCCCUAUGAUAAUACAUUAAGAAAUCGUAAGCUAAACAAUAAAUUAGAUAAAAGAGCUGACAACAAGCCAUCAUCAUCAUCAUUAACAUCAUCAUCAUUAUCAAAGUUAUAUCAUUCAUCGUUACAUUGUUCAAAGAUAGAAUUAAAUAAUAAUUAUAAUAGUACAUUGAAUCAGUCAACAAAUUGUAUUAUAUUACCAACAAUUGAUACAUUGAUUAUAGAUUCAAAUAAUAAUAAGAGGCAACAAUUAAAACAAGUGAAGCGUAUUUAUGUACAUUUAAAUAAACAAUUUAAUAUCAUUAAAUCAGUAUUAAUUAAAAGUAAAUAUAUUAAAACCAUUGAUAAUAUAUUACAAGAAUUAAGUGAAUUAUUUCAAUUGCCUAUACAUAAAUUAUAUACAUUAGAUGUUUGUCAAGUAUUUAUCAAAUCUGGUCAAAAUGAUCCACAAACAGGUGAAAUCUAUUCAUCUAUUUGUACAGCAAAUCCAACUAUUACAAUCUGUAAUAGAUAUCAAUCAACUCAACCUAUACUACUUAGAUCAGCAUAUAUAUGUACAUUGAGUUUAAAUGAUGGAAAUGUACAAGUUAUACAAGGCAAUGAAUUAAACGAAUCUAACACAACAAAUAUUACACAAUUGGGACCAUUUUAUCCAGGGAGUAUUGAUUAUUUUGAAAUACCCUUAAAUGAUAUUAUGGAAAUCAGUAAAAUACGUAUAAGUCAUGAUGGUUACGGUACAUAUCCCGAAUGGUUACCAGAAGAAAUAUAUCUAAGAUUAACACAAAAUCUCCCUAGUAUGACCAUGAAUUCAUUCAAAUUCAGCACACGAAAUUCUUCCUGUUUAACCAGACUAUUAAAUACUGAAGAAGAGAGUAAUUUAUUGCCAGGAUCUAUGCCAACAUAUGAAAUUUCUUUUCCAUGUAUGAAAUGGUUAUCACGCUUUAAAAGUGAUGGCAGUUUAGUGCGUGAAAUCGCUGCACCUGGAACUCAACUACCUGAUCAAGCACCAAGACUUGGACGAAUAUUAAAAGUAUACCCAUUGGAUAUUACAACAUUAUUUCAACAAGAGGAAAGAGCUCCUGUAAUUCAAUAUCAAGUAAUAACAAAAACUGGUAAACUAUGGAAUUCAGGAAUGAAUAAUACAACAAAAGUAAAUAUAUUAAUACAAGGUGAUCGUGGUGAUACAGGUACAAGAAUUUUAUGGAAUGACGAAAUAUCUAAAAUGAAUGCAUUUUCAAGAGGGAAAACUACUUCAUUUAAUGUUGAAGCUGUAUUUCUUGGUCGAUUAAAAUCACUUACUAUAUGGUUAGAAUCAGACAAUAAUGGAAAUGAGCAGAAUACUACAACUACUACUACUAAUACUACUCAUAACAAUAAUAAUAAUAAUUGGUAUUUAGAAUAUGUGAUCAUUCAACAACUAUCAGUGAAUUCUUCUAUGAAUAUAUUCAAUACAUUAUCUUCAUCUUCCACACCUACAUCUCAAUCAUUUCCUUAUACAAAUGAUCAUUUUCUAACAUGUACAAAUAAUAAACUGAAUAAUAUUUAUAAUGAUAUAAGUGCAAUUUAUAUAUUUCCUUGUUUUCAAUGGUUAACAACAAAAUUUGGUAUGAAUUCUUUACCAAUUAAAUUAAUUCCAAUUAAUAGUAAUGGUACAUUUACAAUUAAUUUAAUUGAAACAAUUAUGGCAUAUCAAAAAGAACAAACAUUUUGGCAAGUUGAAAAAUGGAAGUUUAAACCAGGCACAAAAAUUAUUUUCUACAGUUAUUUAACUGGUGCACCUAUGCGUAUAAUCGAUUCUAACCGUAUUGAUUGUCAACCGAUUGAUUCAGUUAACGGAGUAUCGAAUCAAAGAAAUGGAGAAGUUUUUAAUGUCUCUUAUGGAUUAACUAAUUCGAAACGUUCAAAAUUAUCACGAUCAUCUUUACAUCAACAAUUUGGUUCAAGAGAUUUAUUAAAUAAUUAUAAACAAUCUAUAUUGAAUCAAAAUAUAGAAUACUGUAAUAAUUUAAAUGAUCAUUUGAAGUCAACUAAUAAAAUGAACAAUCGUAAUAAGAAUACAAAAUGUAUUCGUUCAUUUUCAAGUGUACAAAAUCCAUGGCUUUCAAUGUGUUUAGAUGAAAUAGCUGGUUUAAAUUUGAAAAUUAAUUCGGAUUUAGAUUCACAAUUUUUCAACUUUAAAAUACGCCCUCAGUCAGAACGUCUCAUUGCACUUGAAAUAAACAAAAAAAGUUCACUGCAAACUAGGAAGAUUCAUGUUUACGUUGGACCAGAUGGUCGUGUCGUCAGUGGAGCAACAGGUCCUGUAACAGUUCCUGGGAAGUUAUUUCUACCGUAUGUAAAAGGUUGUCUAAGAGAUCAAACAAUCUUAUGGUUAUGUACAGAAAUUCAACAAACAUUAAUACCUAUUAUAAUUCAUGAAACUAAUCAAAACAAUUCAGAAGUUAAAAUCAAUAGUUGUAAAUUUGAUUUACGUGCCACAGGUGAACGUACUACUGAAGCAUAUUGGAGAGUUCAUAAAGUAGACAAAAAUAUUAGACGAUUUGAAUCAGUUGCAUGGCCAGGAAAUUUUUUGCGUGUUACAUCAAAUAAUGUAGAUGUUAUGGGUGGCGGUGGAAUGGAUUGUUACUUUCAAAUUAAUCGUGUUCGUUGUAAAGGUUUUUUUCAAUUAUCACCUCUUGUGAAUAUUAAAAAAAUUAUUGGAAUGAAUGAAGAUGGAACAAUCACUUUAUACGACAAAGAUACAAUGGAAGAAAAUUCACGUUUUUAUCCAGAAGUUGUCAAAUAUGGUUUCUCUAGUCCACAGAUUCAAUUGAAUAAUUCAUGUUUAACAAACAGAACGGUUGACAUAAGUCCUCAACCAAUCAUUUCAAAUUCACUAUUAGAUAAUGAUAAUGAAGAAGAUGAAGAGAAUAAAGGAAAUCUACAAAAAGAAUUUAAGAUUACAUCCACAAGACAACAACAACAGAUGUUAGAAUUAAUACAAUCUCGUAAUCAAACCGAUAUGGACACAACCAAUAGUGUAUUUGUUGAUGAUACAAACUCUAAUGGAAAUUAUUUGAAUAAAACACUAACUUUAAAUAAUUCAAAUGAAAAUCAGACUAUCAAAGAUUCCAGUUGGAAAUUAUCUAUUUAUACAGAGAAAUCAGCACAAAACUGUGAAAUCGUUUUAGUCGUCUACGGCAUAGACGGUAAUUCAGGUCCAAUAUUAAUUGGUAGAUCAAAUGAUGAAAAAGGAUUAUUUCUGGCAAAUAGAAUUGAUAAUUUUAUGAUUAUAGUGGGAAAUAUCGGUUCAAUUUAUAAGAUACGUCUAGAAGUGAAUCAAAUAAAUCCGGAUAAUGAUAGUGAAUGGGAAGUUGACAAAUUGAUUCUAGAAAAUGUUAAAAUAAACAAACAAUUAAUAUUUGAUUUUAUUGGUCGACCAUUUGGAAAAUUAAACAAUUUUUAUUGUUUAUCCCGAGAACAAAUUACCCAUUUACAUUUGUCAACUAAUAAAAUAAUGAAGAAACAAUCAAGAGAACAACAAGAAGGAGAAGACGAAGAACAAGAACAAGAAGAAGAAGAAUUCACAUUAUGUUUAUUGAAUUAUCGUAUACAAUUAGAAUUCAGUGAUGAUGUAAUUAAAAGAAAUGAUAAAUUAAAUAUUGCAUUAGAACCAUAUAUUUGUUUAAUUGGACAAUAUGGUGAUAGUGGUCGUAGAUUAAUAGGUUAUAUUACUGAUAAACAAUUAAUUAUUAAUGAGAAAAGAAAUAUUCUGGUACUUGAUACGUUGAUUGAGUCAGCUUAUCUUGGUGAGGUGACCAGCUGCUUUCUAGGUCCAGUUGAUAUUGAAGAACGAUUACAAGAGGAACGUACUGGUUUACUAUGUACUAAAAUUUUGAUAUGGGAUACAAAAAAAGAGGUGGUUUACGAAAUCCCAGCAGAUACUUGGUUACUUUUUAAAAGAAAUGAACAAACACAUGAAAUUCACCUGGAAGUUGGUCAAAUACAUUCCAUCGAAGCAUAUGAAGAGGAAUCUAAUGAUGAAAUAAUCAAAUCAGAUGAAACGACUCCAGUUGUCGAUCAAUAUGAAGGCAAGUUAUAA